CGAUUUCGGUUGCUGAGACUUGUUUAUGUUUAUAUUUUGAACUGAGAAGAGAUGCAUGCCUCAAAUCUCCUGACGCUCCUGACAAGUAUGAGAGACUUUCAGUUCAGCAACCAAAAUGAAUACAUAAACAAAUCUCAGCAACCGAAAUCGCAGUUCAAGCUGUCGAGUGUGGACGAGGCUUUAGGAAGUUAGAAAAUAGCUGGUUUGCCUUUAUUUGUCCUUCUUUCAACAAAACAACGCUCAAAAAUCGAAUUUUCUUUACGUGAGAUUUCUGGAAAAUAUUACCUAUACGGUAGAAGUUAUUGCCCCUUGCCUGACGAAUAACAGGAUUUUUUAGAAAAGGAUCCAAACUAUUCUACACAUCAUUCUGGUGAACAGAUUUUCGUAAAACUAGGGAUUCGACAACAUAUGCAGAAAUGCCGAAAGCAACCAAUUCCAAAUCAAAAAGUUGUUCUCAACUACGAUGUGCGAUAUGCAAAAGAACUUUCUCUCAGAGCAAAAGAUUCGAUUGGCAAAUGAAGUUCGCUCACAAUAAUAAACAAAUAAGAAGGCUAGCAUGCAACAAAUGCAAUAACAAAUAUGACAGAAAAAUUGAAUUGGAUGACCAUUAUGCCCGCAAUCAUCUCGGUGUGUUAAGAUAUGCAUGUGAGUACUGUGGUGAAGAGUUUGCAGAGAGAAGAACAUAUUUUCAGCAUCGUAAGGAGCAGCAUCCCGAGGAAUACGAGAAGUUGGCAAGAACAAAAUACGCUUACAGAAUUAUAUCGUUCAACAAGUUUGACUUAGGGAACCAUCUCAACGAAAUACUGACCAGUGAAAAUCUUCGGAAAAGAAGCUGUGUUAUGUGUAUUAAAAUAUUUCCCACAAAAAACCAGCUUCAACUUCACAUGGAGAGCUUGCAUUUGACUCCAGAAAUGUUUGAUUGUAAGCUUUGUGACAGAACGUUCUAUGUUAAGGCUGACUGGGAGCUUCACUUAGCUGAAAUGCAUGCUGGAAAACCUUGGUUUUGGUGUGAAAUUUGUGGUAAAAACUUUGACUCGAAAAGGGAAUACUGUUUGCACCACAAGCGAAGGCAUCCGGAAGAAUACGUCAAACUGAUGCUACAGAAGAGCUGUGAUCAACUGUACGAAAUUGAUGGAUAUGUAAUAGUUGAACGAGUUUCUUUGCAGGAUGAGCUUUCGAAUAUUAGAGACUCAAAUGAAGCACAAAAUGUUGUUAUUAUAGAUGAGGAAUCAAUGGACAUUGACGAUGAAAUUCUUUGUUCAUCGAAUGCUUUGGCGGAAAAACAACGACUGUACGUUGCCAAAACUAAGAAAUACGUUUGUCAGAUUUGUCAAAAACAGACGAUUCACAAGACAUUGUUUGUUCUUCAUCAAAUGAAUGCUCACAAAAUUUUUGAUAGUUCAUGGUGCAGUAAGAUAAAAAACAGUGACAACCCAUCAGUACCAGAAUUUAAAUUUCACUGUAGCGUUUGCGGUUAUUGGUUCCGUUACAAACACCAUCAUUUGUAUCACGAAUGCGACAUAUCGAAAGUACAGAACACUGGGAACGACACUCCUCAGAAAUGUAAAUGCUGCAGUAAGGCAUUCAAACACAAAAAGAAUCUACACGAGCACCUCAGGAAUGUACAUCAGCAGACCAGUGAGCAUAAAUGCAAAAUUUGUAAUAAAAAUUUUAAAAGUGGAAGGAAUUUGGAAGACCACAUGUUUUCCGCUCAUUACAACAAACCUUUGUACCGAUGCACCUUGUGCGGGAAAACAAGUGCCAAUAACUCAUCAAGUUUUAUACAUCGGAAGAAAUUUCAUUCCGAGGAGUUGGAACGCGCAGAAAAACCUCUGCGUGCAUAUGCAUUUAUUGAAAAAUUGAAUAAAUGACACUGAUUUUGUUGCUCGAAAUUUUGGAACACUUUUGAUCACACUAAUUAAUUAUAUUUAAGUCUACGAAAAUAAAUCAUCAACCAACGCUAAAGAAUCCUUCUCAGCUUUUCUUUCUUUCCUUUCCAUGGGAGGACAGGUGAUCCAGAACUUUGCACAGAUGCAGAUAUGAAUGGAGAAUCAUUGCACAAAAUUUGAAGAAAAUCGAUUCGCUAGUUUUCGCUCGACAGUUCAAAAGCUGUGCAAAAGUCGGAUUUCUUCCCAAUUUAAGCAUGUCGUUACUUGAAGUUCAAUACUUUGACAUGUUUUCAUACCCAAGCAACCAAAAGUCUCAUAUCUACUUAAACUCGUUCUUCCAAAGUUUGAAUUUCGCUGAACAAAGGUUCCAAAGGGAUUUGUUACCGAAUUUUCUCGAAUUUAAGCAUGAAAGUUAAAAAAGGUUCCUCAAAAAGCCUUCUAUGGACUUGAAGCACAGAAAACAGACGUACAAGCUCGAACAAAAAACCGUCAAAAAAGUGUGUAAAAUUUCAAAUGCUAUCACCAAAAUAAUAUGUUAGAAACUGACUGCAAACAGUGUCAUCUAUUGCGCCGUUCAAGAGUUACAAAUCAACUUUUGAGUGCCCAGUUUCGAAAAGGCGUAAUCAUAGCCAAAAAACAAAAAUUAGUUCAAAAAGGGUGUUGGGAUUUUUACACAAGUUUCGUGGGCUAGCUUGUACGGUCUGUUCUCUGAGCUUGAAGUUCCAAAAAGUUCCUCAAAUAGCUUUUUUUGUGACAUGUCAAUCGUAUCCACACAGUAUAAAAGUUACAAUUUAGGUCUCAAAUAGCCUUCUGUGGACUUCAAGUUCCAAGAAGUUCCUCGAAUAGCCUUUUUUGUGACAUGUCAAUCGCACACACACAGUAUAAAA